AUGGCCUCCGGUUUGAUUGCGAGAUUGGUUGGAACGAAGCCGUCGAGAUUAACCUCCGCGGCGAGAUUGAUCCCGGCGCGAUUUACGUCUACGGGAGCGGAGGCGGAACCAAAAGCUGCAUCAGGCGGCGGAGGAUCGAAAUUGAAGACUUUUCAGAUCUACCGAUGGAAUCCGGAUAACCCUGGGAAGCCUCAGCUUCAGGAUUACCAGAUCGAUCUCAAGGAUUGUGGUCCGAUGGUUUUGGAUGCUCUGAUUAAGAUCAAAAACGAGAUGGAUCCGUCGCUCACCUUCCGCCGAUCGUGCCGGGAAGGGAUCUGUGGCUCGUGCGCCAUGAACAUUGACGGAUGCAACGGGCUCGCUUGCUUGACGAAGAUUGAAGACGCAGCGUCUGAGACGACAAUCACGCCGUUGCCUCACAUGUUCGUGAUUAAGGAUCUGGUGGUGGAUAUGACCAAUUUCUACAACCAGUACAAGAGUAUUGAGCCGUGGUUGAAGAGGAAGAAUCCGCCGUCUGAGCCUGGGAAGGAGAUUUUGCAGAGCAAGAAGGAUAGGGCUAAGCUUGAUGGGAUGUAUGAGUGUAUUCUUUGCGCUUGCUGUAGCACGUCCUGUCCCAGUUACUGGUGGAAUCCUGAGUCUUACCUUGGCCCUGCCGCUUUGCUCCACGCCAACAGGUGGAUAAGCGACAGUCGCGAUGAGUACACUAAGGAGAGACUUGAAGCUGUUGACGACGAGUUCAAGCUAUACCGAUGCCAUACAAUCUUGAACUGUGCUCGGGCCUGUCCAAAGGGUUUGAAUCCAGGCAAACAGAUCGCACACAUCAAGCAACUACAGCCUUGA